AAGAAGAUUAGGAAGAAUAUUAAUGGAGAGAGGGAUGAGCAAUGGGCAAUCACUCUGGCACUCUCAGUCCCCGAAAACUCCAACGAAGAUGCUGGAUCGCGCGCUUUCCUCUCGCCGUCCUCACUCCGACGCUGAUCUCUCUGAUUCCGGCGAAUCCGGAACCGACGAAUCUAAGACCAAACGCCCCCACAUUUACCUCCUUGCUUCCAAUUUCCUUUCUCGGAUCGGCCAUCAGUGGUGGCCUUUUCUCAUCCUCGCUCUCCUUUUCCUCCUCCUUCUCUUCCUCAUCUCCGUAGCUUUCCAUUCUCACAGCUUCGUUUGCAUCUCCCGCUUCGAUCCCGCUGCUCGGAUCGGGUUUUUCGGUUUUGAUGGGCUCGAAUCCGACUUCGGUGCCCUUGGUGUUCCUUGGUGCAGAUCGAAACAUGGAAAAGAAGUUGAAUGGACCUCCAAAGAUUUACUCAAGGGUCUGGAAGAGUUUGUGCCCAUAUAUGAAACACGACCUAUAAAGAACAACAUGUAUGGAAUGGGUUUUGAUCACAGCUUUGGGUUAUGGUUCAUGGCCCGUUGGCUAAAGCCAGAUCUGAUGAUUGAGAGUGGUGCUUUUAAGGGACACUCCACUUGGGUUCUGCGGCAGGCGAUGCCAGAUACACCUAUUAUCUCACUUACCCCCAGGCACCCUGAGAAGUAUCUAAGAAAGGGACCGGCCUAUGUAGAUGGAAACUGCACAUACUUUGCAGGCAAAGACUUUGUUGAUUUUGGAAGUGUUGAUUGGAAGACUGUGUUGCGAAAACACGGCAUAACAGAUCUCAACCGUGUUGUGGUCUUCUUUGAUGACCAUCAGAAUGAACUCAAAAGGCUAAAGCAAGCACUGAAAGCUGGUUUCCGACAUCUUAUUUUCGAGGAUAACUACGAUACAGGAACUGGGGAUCACUAUUCCCUAAGACAGAUAUGUGAUCAGUCAUAUAUAAGAGGAGGCGGACACAGUUGUUUCAAAGACAGCGAUGAAGCCAGGAUGAGAUCAAAGAGGAAGAAGUUCUGGGAAAAAGCAGUUGAUACAGAGGAACUGUGUGGACCAGGUGAAACAUGGUGGGGAGUUAGAGGAGAGAUGAGAGACGAUUUUAACCACACGAACACGCCAAUCUCAUACAAUCAGCAUUUUCAAAACAGUCGGUACGUAGAGUCAAUUCUCGACGUCUACUGGGAGCUACCUCCAGUUGCAGGACCAUCAUUGACUCAUCAGUCGCGGUAUGACCCUGCUCGUUCGACUCCUCCAAUCGUAGCAGAUGGCAAGCACCGUUUGUUCCAAAGAGUGGGUUUAGGUCGGCUGGAUAAGUCAGUGUUCAAUGGCUAUACUCAAAUGGUAUACCUUGAGAUAUCCAAGCCUGGGUCAUAGAGAUUGUGUGAUUCCUGCAAAAGAAGAGUUGUUUCCUUAGCUUUUUUUUUUUUCUUUUCACUUUCCUCUUAUAUAAGUUAAAACUAAAGUUUGUUAAUACAGGAGAUUUUUUUCUACUGUGCUUUUCGAUAAAUGUCUUGAUCGAUUGUUAAUCUCUCU